UGUAACCCUCCUACCCAGAUGGCUUCCGUAGACUCCACGUCUGCCAGAAAAAUGCGCCUUUCAAUUAAUUCUAAUCCUUUUGGUCCGCAAACGCAGGACUAACGUCAGCGGGAGUAGUUCCCAAACUGUGCUGUACUUUAGAGUUACCUGGGAAGCUUUUAAAUAUCUCGAAGUUCAGGUCGCAAUCCAUCCCAACUAAAUCACAGUAUCUGGGUGGUUAGAGUCAGGAAUCAGUAUUUUUAAAGGUCCCCGGGUGACUCCAUUGUGCAGUAAAGUUGCACUGGCUUAUGGUGUAUCUGGUUUAGAUCCUUAAGGAGAAAGCACAUGAUGUAUUUUGAGUUAUAAGACACACGGACAUGAAAAUAGUAAUAACACUCAAAUAAUAAUGUGAUGUAUGGUAGAUUAGUGAAUCAAGGCAUAAGAUCCAAAGAGUUUAGCCUAAGAAGAAACCCCAAAGGACCCAGACAGUAAAGGAAGACUUUGCUGAGGAAGUGGAUAUGGAACUGGAUCCUCAAAGUCCUGAUAUUGAGAUGGCUUGGGCCAUGAGAGCAAUGCAGCAUGCUGAAGUCUACUACAAACUGAUUUCAUCAGUUGACCCACAGUUCCUGAAACUCACCAAAGUGGAUGACCAAAUCUAUUCUGAGUUUCGGGAAAAUUUUAAGAAACUCAGGAUAGAUGUAUUGGACCCAGAAGAACUCAAAUCAGAAGCAGCUAAAGAGAAGUGGAGACCAUUCUGUUUGAAGUUUGAUGGGAUUGUAGAAGACUUCAACUAUGGUACUUUGCUGCGACUGAACUGUUCUCAGGGCUACACUGAGGAAAACACCAUCUUUGCACCCAGGAUACAAUUUUUUGCCAUUGAAAUUGCUCGGAACCGGGAAGGUUGUAACAAAGCAGUUUACACUAGUGUUCAGGACAAAGAAGAAGAGAAAGGAGCCAACAAUGGAGGAGACAAAGGAGCCAACAGUGGAGGAGAAGAAGAGAAAGGAGCCAACAGAGAAGGAGAAAAGGAGAAAACCAACAAAGGAAGAGAAAAAGAGAAAGAAGCCUACAAAGAAAUCAACAAAAGUGGUGAAACAGCUAUGUAAGGUAGACAGGGAACAGCACUCUAGAUGCUGUGAUUCAACUGAGCCUACAAGUACCAUGAUGCUACUUGCACAGGCCCCUAUGGUCAAAUGUAUCUUCUUGUUCACUGGAAGGACAUGCAGAAGGACAUCUUUCUGGCCUAAUCAUCAGGAGCUGUAAUGGUUGUUCUCUUGUAUGAACUGGCUUGAACACUAUUAGUGGAGUCUUAGUUGAUGGUUUCUUGCUUCUCACCACCAGUCAAGUAAGAAAUUUUGUAAAUAAAUUUCUUUUGGUUCUUAUGACUAUAUGUCUGUGAUUGACUUUUAAAAGGUAUUGAAAAUUAUUUGACAUUUGAUUUUUUUUAAGGUACAUAAUCUCUUUGUCAUGUCUUAUAUAAAAUGAUUUAUGCCUAUUUCUUAAUGCUUCUCACUAUUUCCGGUAGUGAAGUUCUCUCAAACCUGUAAAGUUGUACACGGUUUUGGAUUAGAAGUCCUUACAUAAGAAUUGACUCUUGCCAUUUGAGUGACUCUAGCUUUCUGAUUUUAUUUGAUAUAUCUCUCAAAAGAUUUGAUAAAUACUCUAUGGAGAUAACAGCAGCAGCCUGAACCUGUCACACUAGUGAACACAGCCCAGUUCACAUUAAAGGAGUAGGAGACUGAACAUGCUCAGCACCU